AUCUCUAUGUGAUUGGGCCAAGUGUUCCACGUGGCCGCGCUAGAAAACAGGCACGUCUCCUCCUUCUCACCACUUUAUCGGCAGCGUCAAACACGUACCCCGACCGCUGUUUUGCUAAAACCGCGCUCCUCUUCGUUUCCGGUUGCCGGGCCUUAACGUGUGUUCCAAUGUUUCCCGGCUCGCCGAUUGCACGGCCGCACGACCAACUCCUUAACAGCCCGCCAAAGGGAACUCCUCAGUCGACUCCGCUGCACUCCGCCUCCGCCUCCCCGCAGCACCCCAUCAAGUUCCCUUCCGCGUACUCUUUCCCCUUCUGCAACCGUCCCGCCCUCGUCCUAUCCCUCCUGGCUCUGCAGCUCAUCCUCCUCCUCUCCGCUCGGUUACUCCCUGCGCCCCGCCUCCCCCGACCCAACCUUCACCGCUUCGGCUACGGCUCGUGCUCCUCCUCCGGAUAUAUCUACGUCUACGAUCUUCCUCCUGUGUUUAAUUCGGAUAUCCUCGCCGAAUGCCACCACCUCAAUCCAUGGCACUCCCGAUGCGCCGCGCUUUCCAAUUCCGGGUUUGGCCCUCGCGCCGACGACCUCGCCGGUGUGGUUCCGUCCACCUUGCUCCCGUCGUGGUACUCCACCGACCAAUUCACCGCCGAGGUCAUUUUCCACCGCCGAAUCCUCGGUCACCGCUGCCGCACGACCGAUCCAUCCGUCGCGACUGCCUUCUACGUCCCCUUCUACGCCGGACUCGCCAUCGCCAAGCACCUGUGGUCCCCCGGCUCCAGCUCGCAAGACAGAGACAACGACGGUGCCCUCCUCCUCCGGUGGAUCAAGGACCAACUUCCGUGGCAGCGAUCUGGCGGCUGGGAUCACUUCAUCGUGCUGGGACGGAUCACGUGGGACUUCCGGCGGUCAAGGGAGGGCGACUGGGGCGGCAGCUUCCUCUACAUGCCCGGGAUGGAGAACGUCACCCGACUCCUCAUCGAGCGCAACCCGUGGGACAGCAAGGACGUCGGAAUCCCCUACCCCACCCGCUUCCACCCCCGGACCGCCGGCGACGUCCGCGAGUGGCAGCGGUUCGUGCUGAGCCGGAAUCGGUCGACUCUGUUCGGGUUCGCGGGGGCGUUGCGGGCUGCGAUCAAGGACGACUUCCGGGGUCUGCUUAUGCGCGAGUGCACGCGCGCGGGAAGCGGGCAGUGCCGCCACGUGGACUGCGGGAGCGGCCGGUGCGGCAACCGCAGCGCCGAGACCAUGGGCCUCUUCCUAGACUCCGUCUUCUGCCUGCAGCCACGCGGCGACAGCUUCACGCGGCGAUCGAUGUUCGACUGCAUGUUGGCGGGCGCCGUGCCGGUGCUCUUUUGGCGGCGCAGCGCCUAUGUGCAGUACGGGUGGUACCUCCCGCCGGAGGGGGAGUGGUCGGUGUUCAUCGACCGGAGGGAAGUGAGGAGCGGAGCGGCGCGGGUGAGGGAGGUGUUGGAGGGGAUAGGAGAGGAGCGAGCGCGCCGGAUGAGGGAGAGGGUGGUGGAGAUGAUACCGAGGCUGGUCUAUGCGGCGGCUGAGGAGGGGCUGGGGGACGGCAUGCAGGACGCUUUCGACGUGGCCGUCGAUGGCGUGCUCCGGGGGUUCCGGGAGCAGCGGCGCUGCCGCCGGCUGGGGAGGGAGGAGGAUGGGGGAGUGUAGAUACAAAAUCGAUAAUACGAAUUAUUAACUACAGACGGCAACAUGCUCCAUUGAUUGAGGUUUGGAUCAAGAUUUGCACCUUCAAUUUUAUGAGAUCGACCAAGAAACCUGGGGUUCAAUACCAACAUCAGCGAAGAAGAACCGUUUAUGGUUAAUUUGUUGAAUAAUAAUUUGUUGUAAAAUGGCAUACGAAUUUUCAGCAUAUGGCUUCAGUUGCCGAGUAUAGUCCUAUUAUCAUUGUUAUUAUUUAUUUUA